ACCCGCUGCCGCGACGCGAGUACAAGCUCGUGUCCGGCUUCGGCCCGCAGGUCAAGAGCACCAUGCAGUCCUUCCCGAGCCCGUCGUUCACCAAGGGCUCGAGGGAUGUCGAAGGAGAAAAGCUGUACAUAUCCGCGGAGCACUCGAAGGUGAUGUCCAGCACCAUCGGCCCGGGACCGAAGUACGACCCGCUGGACAGCGUCGGCGUCGCGCCGCUCUCCAUCAACCGCACGCUCCCGCGAGUCGGCUUCUCCUCCGUCGAUCGGAGCCUCAAGGGAACGACGGACGCGUCGAUGUUUGUCACCGAUCCCCUACGCAAACCCGGCGCUCCGCCCGGCCCCGGCGCGUACGACCACGAGGGCGCCGUGGGCAAGCAAUGUCUCUCCCCGAAGCCCUCCAAGCCCGCGUACACCAUCGAGAAGAGCAGCCGCGAGCAGGCGCAGAACGUCUACUCCAAAGAGGGGGAAUCGGGCUCGCUGGGUCGGAACGUCCCGGGGCCUGGAACGUACGCGGACAAGCUCCCGGGCUCCAUCGGACCGCAGCCGGACGUUUCGAGCUCACCCGAGGUGAAGUUUCCCAAGGACACCAGGUGGAAGGCGUCGGAGCUACCCCGAGGCGAGCGGCGGCCCGGUCCGGGCGAGCACAAGCUGCCGGACGGCGUCGGCAAGCAGGUGGUCAGCACGAAGACGUCGGAACCGACCGCGCCGUUCGGCACCACGACGCGCGCGCAGACGUCGAAGAUGUUCAUAAGCAAGGAGCACGAUAAGAGGGGGAGCGACGGCGCGCUCGGCCCGGGUCCGUGCGGCGGCGCCGCGAAGCCGAGGUCGAGUUUCGGAAAGGUGGCGAGUUCACGGGAGCGGAGCUCGCCCAGAGCCACGUUCACGAGGAGCACACGGUGGGAGCGGGAUAGGAACGCGGGCGACCCGGGUCCCGGCGCGUACAACGCGUGAGAGAGGCGCAGCCGCGGGGGGGGGGGAACGGGGGCGCGUGGGUGGCGUGAUUCUGAAUCAAGUAGUCUCAGGUUGAUAAAUAUGCAUUUUUGUUGUUCACCG